CCCACCCUUGCAUUUGUCGAUCAUACUAUGCAUAAAACCGUGGUUUAAAGAGGUGGCCGGUUUAUCAACCGACCAGAGCGACCAUGAGGUGCUACCUGUUCACCUCGAGCUGCUCGCUCGCAGUUUUUUUCGCGUUCCUCAGCUUGGUGGCUGGUGAUGAACAAUCAUACACGGUUAAAGAUGUAGGAGUCUACUAUGAAUCACUGUGCCCCGAUAGCAUACGAUUCAUCAAGAAUCAAUUGGUACCAGCGUACGACACCGUGAAGGAUCACAUCCGAGUUACACUUGUUCCUUAUGGCAAAGCUUCGCACAAACGGAACGCUAAAACCGGAGAUUGGGAAUUUGCUUGCCAGCACGGACCUACAGAAUGCCAAGGAAACAUGGCUCAAGCUUGUGCCUUACACGAGAUUCAAAACAAGGAACCGGCUGAAAAGGUUCAACAACUCAGCGUAUCUCUUGUUGGUUGUGUAAUGUCAGCGAGAAAUCCAGCGUCGUCCGUGCCACAGUGUGCCCAGAGUGUAGGACUUAGCCAGGAAACUAAAACGAGCAUCGACCAAUGCAUCAGUGGUUCUAAAUCGAAAGAGCUGUUGGUUGUAAAUGGCGAGAAAACAGAAGCCUUGAACCCUUCCCUCACUUUCGUUCCAACGAUCACUAUUAACGGAGUGACCUCGAAGGAGAUUCAAAAUAAGGCGUUGAGUAAUUUCUUGAAACUUAUCUGUGACAUGAUACCUCAGGACUCGCGUCCAGAUAAAUGCAGCACUGCCUAAAAAUUGACACUAAUAAAUUGUUUAGAAUUAACAUUAAAUUUGAUGCAAUGAAUUUGGAACAUAAGAGUGUGAAAGAAUAAAAGAAAAUUGAGAUUAAGAUUAAAUAAAA